UGAACAUUCGACUUUUACUUCUUUUAAACAAUUUUAUAUUUGUUAUAAGGGGUGAAAGUUCGCUUGUGUCGUUGCUGACGAAUGGAGUGUACAUAAAAAGCAAAGAAUGUAAUACUUGGUCCUCUAGGGUCGUUUGAUAUUUAAUCUUUUUUAUUUAUAACUCAUAAAACAGCAAUUUCACCCAAUAUCUGUCAGUGCUUACGCUAAAAAUUUCACAUGAUGAUGAUGAUAUAAUCGGAGGUACAUUUUAAAGAUAAGUUUACAAUAUAUUAAAAAGGCACAAAGUGAAGAGGCCAACUCUGUCAGAAUAAAAACAAGUAGAAUCUGAAACAAUUUCAAGAUAGGCCCAACAAAGCAGUGACAUGGCCAAGUACAAAAGAAAACCCAUUGAUAGACUUCACGAGCUAGAACAUGCAAUACAGCCAAAGGCGAGGGAAGUGAAGCAGACGUUGUGUUCAUUUCCUUUCCUUGUGAAUGCUGUGAAAACAUUUUGUUUGGUUAUAUUUUACUACACAUUCUCCAUUGGGCUUACGUUUUACAACCAGAGAUUUAUACGACAUUUUGAAGUUCCUCUCUCACUUACCAUGGCACAUCUGGUUGUGAAGUUCACUAUAUCAGCCUUCCUUAGAACUCUUUUGUCGAUAUACUUGAAAGAGGCCAGGGUUCUUCUUCCCUGGGGUGAAAAUCUCAGACGAGUGGCUCCAACAGGUAUUGCCAGCAUCAUGGACAUAUCAUUAUCAAACUGGAGUUUUGAAUUUAUUACGGUUUCUUUAUAUACAAUGACGAAAUCGACAGCUGUGAUAUUCAUUUUAGGAUUUUCACUUUUAUUUAGACUCGAGAAGCCUAGACUGGUGUUGGUGUUUGUUGUGCUGUUUAUAGCGGGAGGCCUGUUUUUGUUCACUUUCCAUUCCACUCAGUUCAACAUGAAGGGCUUCAUCAUGGUCCUGUCUGCUUCCUUGUUGUCUGGCCUCAGGUGGACUCUUGCUCAAAUUGUCACUCAAAAAAAUAAAUUAGGUUUACAUAACCCCCUUGACAUGAUGUAUCAUAUUCAGCCGUGGAUGAUAUUAGCCUUGCUCCCGUUGUCUGUGUAUUUUGAAGGGAUCAAGCUCAGUACAAAAGAGGACUUUUUCGCCUACACAGACACACCUCUCAUCAUCAGAAACGUAGGACUUGUAUUUCUAGGUGCUUUCAUCGCUUUCUUUUUGGAAUUCAGCGAAUUUCUUUUAUUAGCCAACACCUCCAGUCUGACACUGUCGAUAGCAGGUAUUUUUAAGGAAGUGUGCACUCUGUACUUAGCGGCCAGUGUGAAUGGUGACAGGAUGAAUUUCAUUAAUGGAGUAGGUCUCAUUGUCUGCCUAUUAGGGAUCUCAAUUCACAUCAUCAUGAAAGCUGUGUCUGUUCGUGAAGAAAAUAAAAAAGAAGGAAGGCUUUCACGAGAGGAAACUAUGGAGAUGUUAAGAGCUGAUGACUCAGAUUCAGAAGAGAGUGCAAUUUUUAAUGCCAAAACAGACCGAUAACACAUUCCGGUGAAAUGUUGAGCAUUGGCUUGGAGAUUUUCAUUUUAUUUAACUGUUGCAUAAUGUUAUUGUAAUUAUGUAUUGAAUAUUCUAAACCUCAUCAUAGUUUAUAAUAAAUUAUGUUGUUAAGAAAA